CACUUGUUAUAGUUAAAAUGUUGUAAUGCAUUCUCUUUUAAUAUAUAUAUAUAGGGGAUUCGGUCAAUACUUUUGUUUUGGGAUAUCAAUGAUGAAAUAUAAUUUCAUAUCUAUAAAUUGAGAUACCUACCUCCUUCAACAAGGCUGGUGAAAUCAUUUUCUCCCCAACAACUCUGCCAGGCCGUGCCCAGCCCUUCUAUGUUUUCUACUACAACCCAGACUCGAAAAACAUGAGAAAAGUCAGGAUCCACGGUAUCGCAGAUACUGAAGAGUUCUGGAACCGUUAUGGACUCAUAGACGUUUGUUGCGCCUCUUUCUCACCCCAACACGCUGAUAGUAUUGCUUUUUUAUAAAUGUGUUUUUAUGUGUAAGAGCUUGACAAACAAAACUCGGGGGUUUUUUUUUAUCGAUAUUUAUGCAGCAAACUUGUUUUUGUUAACUUACUGACUGGUAAUGAUUUGCAUUUGUUGACGAGUAGAUGGGUUUUUUUUUCUUCUUUAUUUUGUUUAUUCUAGUUCGUUAUUUUUUUUAACCGGACACAACUCUUUACUUAUUUGUAUACUUGCAUGUGUAUUGUACGUAAUAUAUGCACUAGUCACUAGAUUUCAUUCAACUUGUCUUGCUACUGUUUCUCUGUUUGAGUCAAUGAUGUUUGGUUGCGACAUGCAAAUCUGAUGCGGCUUGGGAUACACUUUUAAAAAGGCUGGGCUGGCUUCGAUCUUCUCAGGAACACCGGAAACACGCAGCAAGCAAGGAGUCUCCAACCAUGACUUUUUUUUGUCGAUAUCUCUUUUUCUCAUUUUCCUCGUGAUCAAAACUUUGAAGCCGAUUCGUUAGCAAAAAGAACCCUAAGCUAAGCGGUUCAUCUGUAAUGGUCUCAUCUUUGGGUUAGACUUGAGCCCAACGCCUUUUAAUUUUAAAAUAAGUGUUACGUGCACACAAAAAAAAAAUGAAAAAGGAAACUCUUUGCUUUAAUAUUCUAUCAAUCUUCUUUCUUCAACUCGAAUUAAGGGUUUCGUUCGAAGUAUCUUGUAACCGAUAGCUACGUUUACUGCAAUGAAUAGCCAUCACAAAAAAGAACUCUUCGAGUCCAGGGACGAAGGGGACAAGAGCCCCCCAGGUAAUAAGCUACAACUCCUCCCUUUAGAUAUGGAGGUGGAGAUACUGACUAGAUUACCUGUGAAGUCUCUUAUGAAGUUCCUAUGCGUGUCCAAGACUUGGUCUUCCCUUAUCCGAAGCCAAACAUUCGCCGCUUCUUACUACGCUAGGUCCUAUGAGACGCGUUCAAGGUUUAGGGUAUUCGUCCAUGGUGGUGCCCAGCGUCUCCUCAUCUUCUCGGGAGAGGAGGAAACUUUCUCUUCUUCUUUGGAUGCCAAUCUAGACAUGACAGUACCCUCAGUGACCUUGGCUCUCGGCGGCUCCAAGUGUACUUCCGUCCACGGCUUUUUCGGCUGUUGUCAUGCUUCAAAUUUCACUAUAUGUAACCCUAGCACGGGGCAAAUCAUUACCUUUCCCUGCAAGGGACCGUACACAUCCUUGGGAUACGAUCCUGUUGAUGAUCAGUUCAAAGCCUUGACCCUGGUGCCAGCUCUGUAUAGUAACCCUAGUUUCAUAGUGCACGAGGUUAUAACACUUGGAGGACGAGGAGGAAGAGGAGUAGUAUCUCGUAGUAAUGUUACCUCUCCAACUUAUUGCCCUAUGACGAAGGGACUAAACAUUAAUGGUUUCAUGUAUUUUGGUGCUUGGGCUCCAAGUCACAGAACGACUCCUGUGUUUGUGUGUUUUGAUGUUAGAUAUGAGAGGAUACUAAGUUUUAUCACAACGCCUAAGGAUGUCCUGGUUUGUGAGGCUUUUUCAAUAUUGAUAGAAUACAAAGGGAAGCUAGCUGUCAUCGUACCACGCCCUUCUGGUGAUCCUUGUUUCGACUGUUUUGAUCUGUGGAUACUGGAGGAUGUGACGAAACAUGAGUGGUCCAAACAAACAUUUGAGCUUCCCUUGUCUCUUCCCUUCACUGCUGGAAUGGGUAAGAGAAUGAUCUCCCAGGGAACCAACAAGGCUGGUGAAAUCAUUUUCUCCCCGGCAACUCUGCCAGGCCGUGCCCAGCCCUUCUAUGUUUUCUACUACAACACAGACACGAAAAACAUGAGAAAAGUCAGGAUCCACGGAGCCGCGGAUACUGAAGAGUUCUGGAGCCGUUAUGGACUCACAGGCAUUCGUUGCGCCUCUUUCUCACCCCAACACGUUGAUAGUAUUGCUUUUCUAUAAAUGUGAUUUUUUUAAUUCUUCUCUUUUUAAAUCAAAUAUUUAUGCAGCAACCUUGUUUUUGUUUUUGUUAUCUUUGUGACUGUGUAAUGAUUU